CUCUUCCCAUAUGAGUGGAGGCAGUCUGCAGCAGGAUGAGGAUCUGAGGACAAAGAUAUCUCCACUGAGCAACUAACAAACGCUUCUUCCAGACAGGGGGGCCAGUGCAACAGAAAACCAUGUUUGGUAUUAGACGUGUAAACCUUCCAAAACGCUGUUUGUUUGUCGAGUAUUUUUUGGGGGGUUAGUUUUUUUUUUCUUUUCUUUUUUUUUUUUUUGGAGCUCGCUAUGAUUUAUAGGAAAUAUGAGGAAUCCGUCAGUGAGCGGCUCUCGGUGCUCACGCCUGCCAUAACCGGCUCCGUCACACUCUGUCCGUCUCAUCAAUGACCAUGGAUGUCAGGGCAGUUCUGGAGUUUGCCACAGUCACCAGAGGUGUCUCUCUGGUUUUACAGGCUGUGUUGAACGCUGCCAUCCCUGACCAUGAUGCUGAUGCGUUCAAGCCCCCUCGGAUCGAGGAGCCUCUGUACUUAGACUCUGUGGUGGAGUGGCUGCUCGGUGGUCUUUCUCAUUGGGAUGCUGAGCACUUCCUCUUCAUUGCUGAAAGAGGAUACCUGUACGAACACAACUUUGCGUUCUUCCCCCUCUUCCCCGUGGUGCUCAGGGGCCUGGCGGAGACGCUGCUGUGGCCCCUGAGCAGCUGGCUGAGCGUGCGGGGGCGGCUGCUGCUGGCCGUGGCCCUGGGGAACAGCGCUCUGUUCCUGCUGAGUGUGGUCGCCCUGCACGCCCUCAGCAGAUUUGUCCUGCAGGACAGACGUCUUGCUCUACUUUCCAGCCUGCUCUACUGCAUCACACCUGCUAAUGUCUUUAUGACUGCCGGCUACUCGGAGAGCCUGUUCGCCGCCCUCACUUUUGGUGGGCUGUUCCUCUUGGAGAAAGGAUUCACCUUCCGAGCCUGCCUGGCCCUCAGCAUAGCCACGGCGGCGCGAUCAAACGGACUGGUCAACAUAGGAUUUUUGCUAUACCUUCCAUCACUGCACGCCAUUUCACAGAUCCGUGUGUAUCGUGCGACGACGACGGGCCACAGUAAAGUCUUCCACUACAUUUGGGUCGUCGUCUGCCUCCUGCUCACCUCCCUCUUGGGAACUGCCAUCAUUGCCCUUCCCUUCUGUGCUUUCCAGUACUACGGGUACAGGACGUUUUGCACACCCUCCACAUCCUUGGAGCAGAUCCCCCCUGCUCUUCUAGCUCUGGCUGAGCGGAAGGGUUACCGAGUUCCUGAUGAAAAUGGUCCACCGCCCCUUUGGUGUAUGAGACCCCUCCCUUUACUGUACUCCCACAUCCAGGAUGUGUACUGGGAUGUGGGCUUCCUUCGUUACUUUGAGCUGAGGCAAAUACCAAACUUUAUUCUGGCCCUCCCGAUGGCUACCCUCGGCAUAAUGGCUGCUUAUGCAUACUUUCAAGCAAAUCCAGACCUGUGCAUGAGACUCGGUCUGUGGGAGACUCGCGCGAACAAAGGACUCGACAAACCCAUACCGGGAUUUUUCAAUCCAAGAGUGUUUGUGUACGUCGUGCAUUCUGCAGUGCUGUUGGUGUUCGGAACCUUGUGCAUGCACGUGCAGGUCCUGACCAGAUUCAUGGCCUCCUCGUCUCCCGUGCCCUUCUGGAUAAGUGCUCACCUGCUGCUCCUCAAUGAGCCACUUCUUCAUCGAAGGAAAACGUCAAACCCCAACGUUCAGCUGCAGACACAUUCCAGAAAUGGUUGUAAGCACACUCCUCAGAACCCCAUCAUUGCCCUGCUGCCAUACUUCAAAGCCUGCUCUCCGACCACACAGAGCAUCCUUGGAUACUUCCUCUCUUACUGGGUACUGGGCCUUGCACUGCAUUGUAAUUUCUUACCUUGGACUUGACCUAAACUGUCAGUCUGAGGUGUGAAUGCAAUAUUUCUCUGUGGGACUGGGCAUCUCUACAAAAGUGUUUUCUAUUGGUCAUCAUUAAUAAUCAUUUUAUUGUUGUGGUAAUACAACCCGAAGACCAUAGAUUUGUAAAAUGUAAAUAAAAUCAGGAUGCAAUGAUUCGCAGUUUUCACAAACAUAUAUUCUCAACACAAUCAUUAUUUUGUGAUAACCAUUUUUGAUUAACUGGCCACAACAAAUCUCAGUCAGUUGGAAUAGGGCCAUAUUUGCCAUGGUUUGUAAAAGUCAUAAAAUUCUGGGAAUUGAGAGCAGUUGCUGUACUUUUUUUUUUUUUUUAAUUUGCGACAUGUCUUGAUGACAGCAGAUGUUUUAACCUUUCUGAAUACCUUUCAGAUAUGUAACUAGCCCACCCCAUCGAGACUGAGCACAUCCCAGAUAGUGCAUGUCAACUGUGUGCUGACAAAAAUCCAAAAGAUGCAUCUCCAAAAAUAAGUUCACAUUUUGAUUACUCAUAUUUUUUACUUAAAUGCUAUUUAUCUCCAUAAUUUAAUAAUGGCUCAGGGAAAAAAAAAAAGCUGUAUUUUUCAAUUUGUGUGUUUUUUUUUUAAUUUGAGGACACAGCUUGAAGUAUAUUCAUUGACUGCACAGCAAACUUUAAUAGAAAAUUAUUUCUUUUCUGAUAUUUGUUGAUUGUUCUCGAGGCCAUGCACUGGUUCUCAGUAGAGAAGAAUCACGUCACUUCCUAAUUCAGUGCUGAACAAAAAGGUGAGCCUCUGCCCUGCGGAUUUCUUUUAGAAAAUGGGAGCAAAUAUCUUUCUUCCAACAGUUACUAUUUUGUCUGUAUUGUAGUGUGAAUAAAUUACAAGUUUCUGCAAAUUGUUGCAUUAUGGUUUUAUAGACAUUUAAGUCGUUUAACCACAUAUUUUCGAGAUAAGAUUGUAAAUACGUGAGAAUUGCAAUAACAUUACAAAGGAUUUGCCAUAGGAAUAAUUACCCAUGAUGCCACAUACAGAAAACCAACUCACUGAUACUUGCACUGUCACAAUAAAAGUGCAAAAAAAAAAAAAGAAAGAAAGAAAGGUUUCCAUCUCACUCCAUUGCCCAAACCUGCAUUUAACUGACGUGAUAAGAUUACUUUUUGAUGCUGAUUUAUGAUAGUCAGCUUUUUUUGAAUUGCACACCUAAGUCAAAUGUGUUUGUAGUUGUUAGAGAAUUAAUGUACAAUUUGCCUGAAACUUUGAUAAAUCACUGAGUUGUAAAUCUGAGAACAUUAUGGUUGUACUUUGAAAAAAAAAAGUAUUUUAUUGCUUUUUGGGUUUACUGGGGCUUGUACUGCAUGUUUUGGAAAAUAUUCUGAGGUGGGGUCUUCUAAUGAGAAUGAAAAUAAAUCGGUUAAAAUCUG